GGGCGCGGAUGCCGCGUGGCUGGCGCCGCGGGCUGGGUGGGGGGCGGCGGGCGCUGGGCGACUCGGCCAGGGCUGGGGUCCGGCUCCGGCAGCUGCUCCGGCAGAGCAAGUGCCGGCUCUGAGGGUGUGGGCGCGCCCGCGGCACCAUGAGCGUGGGCUUCAUCGGGGCCGGCCAGCUGGCUUUCGCCCUGGCCAAGGGCUUCACGGCAGCAGGUGUCCUAGCCGCCCACAAGAUAAUGGCCAGCUCCCCAGACAUGGACCUGGCCACGGUUGCGGCACUCAGGAAAAUGGGGGUGAACCUGACACCCCACAACAAGGAGACCGUGCGGCACAGCGACGUGCUCUUCCUGGCCGUGAAGCCCCACAUCAUCCCCUUCAUCCUGGACGAGAUCGGCGCCGACAUUGAGGACCGGCACAUCCUGGUGUCUUGCGCGGCCGGCGUCACCAUCACCUCUGUUGAGAAGAAGCUGACAGCGUUCCAGCCAGCCCCCAGAGUCAUCCGCUGCAUGACCAACACCCCGGUUGUGGUGCGGGAGGGGGCCACCGUGUACGCCAUGGGCACCCACGCCCAGGUGGACGACGGCAGGCUGCUGGAGCAGCUCAUGGGGAGCGUGGGGUUCUGCACGGAGGUGGAGGAGGACCUGAUCGACGCCGUCACGGGCCUCAGUGGCAGCGGCCCAGCCUAUGCGUUCACCGCCCUCGAUGCCCUGGCUGACGGGGGUGUGAAGAUGGGGCUUCCCAGGCGCCUGGCAGUCCGCCUCGGGGCCCAAGCCCUGCUGGGGGCUGCCAAGAUGCUGCUGGACUCGGAACAGCACCCAGGCCAGCUCAAGGACAAUGUCUGCUCUCCCGGAGGGGCCACCAUCCACGCCUUGCACGUGCUGGAGAGCGGGGGGUUCCGCUCCCUGCUCAUCAACGCGGUGGAGGCCUCCUGCAUCCGGACAUGGGAGCUGCAGUCCAUGGCCGACCGGGAGAAGGUCUCACCAGCGGCCAUCAAGAAGACUGUGCUGAACAAGGUGAAGCUGGACGCGCCUGCUCUGGGCCACUCCAAGCUGCCCCCCUGCAGCAAGGCCCCAGCGGGCAAGAAGAACUGAGAUGACCGGGCUGCCCUCCGCCUUCUCUCUCCUGGGCUCGGAGGUCUGCGCUGUGCGUCUCUAGCCCCAAGCCACACGGGGUGUGUUGACCUCGUGGUGGCCCACUGCCCCUGGCUCUGGUCCACUUGGGUCAGCCAGGGUCACAGCCGGGGAGGGGGCAUGUCACUUCCCAGUGGGAAUCUCCCUGAGUGCCUCCUGGCCCACGAGAGGGAUGGGCCUUCUGACGUCAGUCUCCCCCUCCUCCUGUCCCCAAAUGGAGUCAGGACCACUGCCUGGGGGCGCAGAGGGGUUUCACACCCCAGAGUCCCGUGGCUCGGGGUUUGACCUCUCCCUGAGCACAGAGGUCCCCGGCCUCCCCUCCCCGAAGUCCUGGCUACGGGGAGAGCUCUGCCCCUCGCCACCCGCCACUCAUGGGACGGGGGCGCCGUCCUCUGGGUGGGAAGGGCCAGAGAUUCCCAUGCACCCUGAGUGGAGGGGGAGGGACGGUGGCUCCCCUUGGCGAGCUGCCCACGACCCCUGAUCCCCAUUGGACGUUCGAGAAACGGCUCCCCACACAGCUGGACUCCCAAGGUUGCCCGGAUACUCAGGCCACUCUCUCCCAUUCCUGAUUUGACCCACAGGUGCUGUCACUUGUCUCCCUGACCCUUUAGGUUAAAUAAAUUGCUUUCCAGUCCAGCGUCCUAA